AUGGAUGUAAGAUUUUAUCCGACCGCCGGUGGAAAUUCUAUUCCAGGAGAUCCACCAAACCUGGAUUUUGCCCACUGUUUGGGCUACUACAACUUCAAUAAGUUCCAGAACAACAACAACUACAUGAAUAUGGCAGAGGCCAACAGUGCCCUACUUGCUGCUGGUGAUACUUUUCAUACGCCCAGUUUGGGAGAUGAGGAGUUUGAGAUCCCUCCCAUUACACCCCCACCUGAGACGGAGUCUGGCCUGGGUUUAUCGGACGUGGACUCACCCUUCCCUGGAAUCCCGGAGCCCCCAGCCCAGCACAGGGGCCCCUUAACCCCCCAGUUCCCCCCACAGAGCCUGGAACUGCCCUCUAUCACAAUCUCACGCAAUAUGAUGGACCAGGAAGGGCUGUCCAUCAACAAUGGCCCACCUGUGAAUGUUGGACCAGGCCAUCUUCGCCAGUACCCACCCAACCCAGCCAUGGUGAUGAGAUCCAUUAUCAGCAUGAACAACCCCAAUGGGAUGAUGUCGCGGAAUCAGCUGACCACCAUUAACCAAUCUCAGCUCAAUUCGCAGCUGGGCCUAAACAUGACGGGACCCAACAUCACCCAUACUUCCCCAUCACCGCCUGCCAGCAAAUCCGCCACACCAUCCCCCUCCAGCUCCAUCAAUGAGGAUGACCAAGACGAUGGCAACAGGGUUAUUGGAGAAAAGCGACCAGCCCCCAUAGACCCCACAAAGAAACCCAAGACCCCUAAGAAGAAGAAGAAGAAGGAUCCCAAUGAGCCUCAGAAGCCUGUGUCUGCUUAUGCCCUGUUCUUCAGAGACACUCAGGCUGCUAUCAAGGGUCAGAAUCCCAAUGCCACCUUUGGAGAGGUGUCCAAAAUCGUGGCCUCCAUGUGGGAUGGUCUGGGAGAGGAGCAGAAGCAGGUUUACAAAAGCAAAACAGAAGCUGCCAAAAAAGAAUAUUUAAAAGCCCUUGCUGCAUACCGAGCCAGCCUGGUUUCUAAGGCUGCAGCAGAGUCUGCUGAGGCCCAGACUAUCCGCUCAGUGCAACAGACCCUGGCGUCCACCAGCCUCUCCCCAGGCCUGGUGCUGCCCUCACCCCUCAACCAGCACCCCUCUAUGCCCUCAGCUGCCCAGGCCCUCCAACAAGCUGUACCACGGGCCAUUGCCCCCAAACCUCUGCAAAUGAGACUGGGGGGCAGUCAGAUCGUGACCUCGGUUACAGUGGCCCACCAGAACAUGUCCUCUGGGCUGCCACCGCAGCUGCUUGGCCAGAUGGGUGCCGGAGGAGCCAUGGUGGCAGGAGCUCAGUCUACGGCAGUGUCUCAGAUGAGCCCCCCCAUGCAACCAGUGCAGCAGCAUGCAAUUCAACAGCUCCAGCAGCAGCAACAGCAGCAGCAGCAGAUGCAACAGCACCUUCAGCACCACCAGAUGCAGCAGCAGCAAAUGCAUCACCAGCAGAUCCAGCAGCAGAUGCAGCAUCAGCAUUUCCAACACCAUCUCCAGCAACAGCUGCAGCAGCACCACAUGCAGCAGCAGCAGCAACAGCAACAACAGCAACAGCAGCAGCAACAGCAGCAAAUGCAGCUCCAGCACAUGCAGAUGCAUCAGCUGCACAAGCAGCAAAUUCAGCAUUUGCAGCAGCAACAGCAGCAGCAGCAGCAACAGCAGCAGCAGCACCAGUCCCAGUGUUCCCCACCCCAGCAUUCCCCCGGUACACCCCAUUCAGUGGGAGGCUCUGCAUCCCUCGGCAGCCCCCAGCCGGCCCCACAGCAGCAGCCCCACCCUUCCCAAAUCCAGGCCCAUGCCCAGGUCCUGUCCCAGGUCAGCAUCUACUGAGCCAAAUGGAAAUCCUAUCUCAAAGAACAGGAAUAGAAUAAAAGCAUCAAUCCACGUUGCUUUUCUAAGUUGCACUUAAGAAGUGUGUAAGAUUUAGAAUGUUAUACAAAGAAACUGUCCAUUGUUAUAGACGGAUAUGCACUCGUGUGUACAGGGCAAAAACACAUUAGCUGGAUUUUUGUCUAUGAAAUAGGCUGAGCUAUGAGAGAAGUCUGUGUGGGCAAGUGCCCAGUGAUUGUUUAUUUGUUUGUUUGUUGGGUCUUUCAAUUGUCAUUUUAAAACUGACUCUGGGCACACAAUAUGUUGAGAGACAUGUGUCUUUCAACAUUUUAUUUAACACUAAAGCUUUAUUUAUGAGGUCAAAGUUGUCAGUUCAGCCCAGCGAAUGGACAUUUUGAAUGCAUUUCAACAAAAGGAUUUUUAUCAGCUCUCACCUCUUGCAGAGAGCACCUGAACUGAAUGACUCACAGGUACCAUGCUGGAAACCAGUAACCCACACAUCAGUCUUUGUUCCCACACUGGCCAGAAUAUUGUGAGACUUUCUUUACUUCAACCUUUCUCUUUCACCCAUCAUUCCUGUGGACGUAACUGUGCAAGAAUGGCCUGGGGGAAAUCGUAGAUCAAAUCAUCACAUGUAAGGCCAAGUGAUAUUUGAACGAAUUCAAACCAUGUCAUGAAGGCAGACAAUGUCUUGAGGAAUAAGGGAAACCGAAAAAAAGGUCUUGGGAUGUAGAUCUCUGGAUGAAGGACUGAACAGACUGAGACAUAAACUGCCAUAAAUCAUUUAUGUCAUCACAUCAUCAAACUGUAGCUGUAAUCUGCUGUACAUGUUUUGUAGAGUGGGAAGAGAUCAGACCUCCUUUACCCUCGAGAUCAUUUGCUGAAAAGCGUGUAACUGGCACCCCAAAAAAUCCUCCUUUUAUGUAUUUGUUUUUACUUAAGAUGUUUAACGAUUAAAUUAUGUUUUUAUUUUGUGUAAUAAAGGGGAUAUUUUAUGGUAAAUACAAAUUUCAGGAUCAAGGCAGAUGGUUUCAUGAUUGAUGUAUUUUUACACUGCUCCUUGAUACCAUAAUUGUUUCAAAAGAGCAAAAAGAAAACUAGUAGAGCCAGUUUGUUGCACUGUCAAAGCCAAUUGAAAAGGCAUUGGAGGUAUUUUUGCCAGCUGUACAGAAAUCCCAGAAAAAAAGAAAAUGUUGUAAAUUUUUCAUAUCACCUGUUGUAAAGUUUUAAUAUGUGAGGCUUUAAUUAAAACAUUGGUAAACGACCUGUGGAUUGCUAUAUCACAUAGUGCAUUUCUGCUCUUUUAUACUUUUUUAUGAGUUACAAUAGCAGCAAUUAAUUUUGUUUGUAUUUUGCUUACAAACCAACUGCUUUUGAAAACUGUCCAUAGAAUAAAUGCAUAUCGGUAUGAAAUUCUUGAAAACUUGUUUUCAGCUCUUAAUAGGAACAGUAAUUUAAUGUUUUGAGUUUUGCUCGGCCAUUAAGAUGAGACAUUCCAUCACUAAUAUGAUAGUAGCCAUAAUUUUGUAUGAAGUAUUAUAUAUUUCUUUGUGUCUCUUUGUUCAGAAUUAAAAUAACAAUCACAAAUAUUUAUUUGAAGGAAUUGGUUCAUUUCAAAGAUUAUAUUAGCCAUAAUUUCUAUGAAGUAUUUCUUCAUGUCUCCUUGUUAGCUAUUGAAAAUAAAGAUAAAUACAUUGAUAAAUAUUCAUAGCACUCACUUCUUUACAAGAUAUAAAAAAAUAAAUUUGUAUGUUUUUUAUGGAGUAAUUCUAUGAAGGAAAAAAAAAACAUCUUUGCAGGGAUAUAUGACCAUUCAUGUUGGCAUUAUUAUAGUAUGUACUGUUUCUCAGUGAUUUGAAUGGAAGUCCAUUGUAACUGUGUGUAAAUACAGUGUUGAGACUGGACAAGGUCAGCAUGUAACUGGUACUUGUCUCAAUAACAG